CAAGAGGAGUGCCGGACACCCUGUCGGAGGGUUUGCCCGGGCAGAGGCAGGUUACUGUGAUAGGCUCCUCUGCAGCCAUGCUGGAAAACACAGGUGGAGCAGGAGCGGAUGCUAAAGUGAAUAAUCAGUCAGAAACUACUAAAUGUGCAAUGGAAAGCGGUGACGGGAACACCGGAAUCCAAACAAAUGGAUUGGACUUUCAGAGGCAGACAGUGCCAACCACAAGUGCAAUCACUAAUGCACACGCACAAGCCCUCCUCCAACAGUCUAAGUUGGAAGACUCGAGUGCUCUUCCGACCUCCGUCCAGCAGAGUGUUUUGCCUCAAACCCAGCUAAUGUUGGCAGGAGGACAGAUUGCUGGAUUGACCCUGACCCCAGCUCAUCAGCAGCUGUUGCUCCAGCAGGCCCAGGCUCAGCUCCUGGCUGCAGCUGUGCAUUCAGCCAGCCAGCAGAACAGCACCACCGGGGCCAGCAUCUCAGCCUCCGCAGCCGCACCCAUUACCCAGCUGCCCCUGUCACAGCCCAUCCAACUCGCACCGCAGCUCCAGCAGCAGAAUUACAGCCUGCCUCAGUUCGUUCUGGUGCAGCCCGGCCACCCAAUCGCCACUCAGCUGCAGCCCACUCAGCUCAUCAUCUCACAGACGCCGCAGGCCCCACAGAGCAUAUUGCAAGCCCAGAGUCUUCUAACUCAACUACCUCAAAGCCAAGCUAACCUCCUGCCGUCUCAACCUAGCAUCACUCUUGCAACUCAGCCUGCAACUCCGACCCGCACAACAGCAGCCACACCCAUUCAGCCCCUCUCCCACAGUCAGACCCCACCGAAACGGUUGGACACCCCCACCCUGGAGGAGCCCAGUGAUCUGGAGGAGCUGGAACAGUUUGCCAAGACCUUCAAACAGAGACGUAUCAAACUGGGCUUCACACAGGGGGAUGUUGGCCUGGCCAUGGGGAAGCUGUACGGAAACGACUUCAGCCAAACGACCAUCUCUCGCUUUGAGGCCUUGAAUCUGAGCUUUAAGAACAUGUGCAAACUCAAGCCACUGCUGGAGAAGUGGCUGAAUGAUGCAGUUUGUGCAGAGAACCUGACAUCUGACCAGGCACUGUCCAGCCCUAGUGCGCUGGGCUCUCCGGGUAUGGGCAUCGAGGGGAUCAACCGCAGACGGAAGAAGAGGACCAGUAUCGAGACCAACAUCCGAGUGGCCUUAGAAAAGAGCUUUCUGGAGCAGAACCAAAAACCUACCUCUGAAGAGAUCACCAUGAUCGCCGACCAGCUCAACAUGGAGAAGGAGGUGAUCCGGGUCUGGUUCUGCAACCGCCGGCAGAAGGAGAAGAGGAUCAAUCCCCCCAGCAGCGGCAACAGCGGAGGAGGAAGCACCCCCAUCAAAACCAUCUUUACCCCCAGCAGCCCUUUGGUGGCCAGCACAGCAAGCCUUGUGAGCAGUCCAACUAUUAACACGCCCACCACUCUGACUGUAAACACAGUGAUGCCUCUCACCAGCACCAGCGUCUCCACUUUGCCUUUCACAGGCACGACAGUUGGAGCCACAAACACGGCGUCCGUCAUCUCCACAGCACCUAUGGUUACCACAGCAACCAGCUCUCCAUCUUUAAGCCCGUCACCGACAACCAUCCAGUCCACACAUACCACAGAGAGCAAGGCCGGCAGUCAGGCGCAAACAGUCGUCACCCAGGCCACAACAUCUUUAGCCAACACUUUAGGGACGGGUCAGGUGAUGGUGGCAGCUCCAGGGCUGUCUGCGCUGCAAAGCGCCGCCCAGUUACCCACCAGUGCUAGCUUUGCUGCUAUGGCUGCUGCUGCGGCGGGGCUCAACCCGGGACUGAUGGCAUCCUCCCAGUUCACUCCAGGGGGGGCCCUGCUCAGUCUGACUCCCAGUGGACUUGGUAGUGCACUGAGUCCUGCCCUCAUGAGCAACAGCACCCUGGCUACUAUUCAAGCUUUGGCGUCAAGUGGCACUAUCCCCAUCACCUCUCUGGACGGGGGUAACCUGCUAUUUGCCAACGCCUCCGCUGGUAGCACGCCCAACCUGGUGACCACGCCGCUCUUCCUGAACCCCCAGAACCUGUCGCUGCUCACCAGCAACCCCGUCAGCCUGGUGUCGGCCGGGGCAGGGGGACUGCAGGUCACCACCGACGCUCACCAAGCCACCACGGCUGCUGUGCCUGUGCAGGCCUCGACCAUCACCACUGCCUCCAAGGCUCAGUGAAGCCGGCUGGGCCGCGUCCUGAAUGAACGCCCUGUUCCUUGCGUCGUGCACUACUCCUUUCACGCCACGUAGGGAGCAGGGAGGCUCUGCGCUUCACUAACACCACACAUUCUUUCCAUUGUAUCUAUCAUUAUUUAAUCCUUUCUGCUGCCACCAAAAACAAGACAGCCUCACAUGAGUUUGAGGCUGACUUUUAGUUUUAUACUUUCUUUCCUUUCUUUUAUUUUUUGGUUCUUGGAUGUUUUUUUGUUGUUGUUUUCCACCAACAGUAGCCAGAUGGACUCUGCUAUCGGCCUGCCGUUUCCUCAUGAACCUUGACAAGUGUCCAGGAAGGAAAAAUCUCCUCGGCACUAUCAAGCUGUUCACAUUUUGUACAUAUGUGUCCUCCUAUUUCCAGGUCAGAGUUUUCUCUGAAAUACUUCUAACCAAAAAACUUUAGGAUUUUUCAUUUUUAACGUUCAAACUAAACUGAUUUUACUACUAGUUUCACUAUACUCAUCAUCACUAAUGGGGGUUUGUGUGUCACCCCGUCUAUACUUAUCUCUUUUGGGUUGUUUGUUUUGACAGGCCUUGAUGUAAAUCAUAUCAAAGUUAUAUUGUAGGGACCUUUUUUCUUUGCUGUCUAUAUUUUUGACAUUUUUUCAGAACUUUGUAAGUCUAAUAUUAAGUUAAGAUUUAAUUUUCAAUUUUUAAUCGUGGUUAUAAGGCUUUAAAAACAAGUAAUAAGUGGCCGAUAUAAAGGUUAUCAUUGCUUUAAGACUUGGAGGGACAAGAAGCGUCUGCGUGUCUCUCUUUCUGGAAACACUGACUUUUACAUUUCGCUGCGGUGGCGAAGUAGCCGACCAGCUUUUGUAAAACAGCGGUCCUUGUGCAGAUAACAGACACUGAUGACUGAAAACCUUACAUGGAGAGCUUUAAAAAGAGCUGCAGACAUGCAGUCUGAUUGAGGUUGAUGUGUUUUGGACGGUGGUCCAUUGAAAAACUGUAUAAUAUGUUUGGGUUCAGAGGUAGAAACUAGUAGUCUGCAUGUGUUGUCUACAGCUCAGGCAGAUACUGAGAGUUCAGUAACUGCAUGAUCCAUGAGGCUCUGCGGCUGGCUGGUCUGUUAAAGAAGUGACCAGUCAGCCAUCAAGGCCUUCAUACCAAAUGUUUGGUGGCUUUUGGCUAGGUGGGGUUAUCGUAUUGUGUUUUUUUUUUUUUUUCUUUUUUGAUAGUAGUACCGUCGUAUCUACUUGUGCACAGUAUCUGUACCAAAAAACUGGAUUGAUGAGCUGCAGUCUGCCUGUUUUGGGAAGAAUGAAAUUCUGUCUUUCUUUUUCUGUCUGCAGUCGUCUGACUGGCUUACGUACUUUAAGAUAUACCAAAAAUAUUUGUUAAAAUAAUUACUGUGUGUAGUCGGUGUAGCUUAGUCUAGUCAACAUAUUUAUGAGUACAGAUUCUCUCUUCAUUGUCAACAGAAAAUAGAAAUGCAAUAUUUUGAUGAUAAUUUUCCAAAGAUGACCUUUUUUGAUGUUUUUUAAUUUGAGAAAGUGUCUCAUAGCUCAACUUUUGAAUUGGCAGCACAACUGACCAAAAAGAGAAGGGUUGGUGAAUGAGGCAUGAAAAAGUAGUUCCUUUUGACUCUUUUUGAAUUGGUUUUUAUAACAGGGGCCUUGCCCUGUAUGCCUGAUCCCUGUUUUCUUUGGGCCAUUUGAUGGCUUAUUUUCCUUUCAUCAGUUUUGGUAGCAGUUUUUGGGCUUUUCUGAAGCAUAUUGGAAAGCUUCUGUUUUUUGGUUUUGUACUAAGAUUCAGCCAUAAAACAACAGCUUGAACCAAAGUGGUUUUCCUCAGUAGUUGCUGUGCCUGUCCAAGCACACAAAGAUGAUUCAAAGACUCCACACUGCUGAUCGUUAUUUUCCUCUUCCCCAAUUUUCAGUCAACACCUGAUAUCCCUGAUUUGGUGCUGCUGGAUAAGGAUCACAGAAACUUAGCUUUAACAACCUGCUGCUGACGCUCCUGCUGGAGUUGAGCUGUUGAGAGGCCUGCAUGCUUUCCUAUAGCUUUAUGACUACAUCCUGUGAAAAUCAGGGCUUGUAGUUCAGACCCUCCUGUGUAGAGGGCUCACAUAUGUAAAUGCAUCAUUGUGAUCAUGUGAUAAACAUUAUUCCAUUUCCUCUCUGCACCACCAUUUUCAGCCAGCAUGUUAUGAAACAUAUGCUGCUCCCUAAAUCUGUCCGUGGACUCUUUUUGAAACCUGCCAAAUAAUCUUAGCUAACACAGAGUCGGGCUAAGAGCUGGUAAUGUGUUUCACAUUCAGCUGAACCCCACAUAAAAGCAGCAGUGCUCUGCUGCAUGAGAUAACAAAAUGAAUUACAACACUGAGACUGUAAGCAGUGAAAUUUGUCCACUUUCUCCUUUUGUGUUCUUUACUGUUGUUGAAUAAUUUUGACUGAAUAUACCUCAGCAGCACUUAAACAUAAGGUUCACCUGUAGACAUUUCUAUGUAUAGAACAGUGUAGAAUGUAUAAGUACUGUCUGGCUCGCCAUUCAAAGUUUAUACUGAAGAACCAUACAUAGGAACCAUACAUAAAAAAGACAACCUACUACUGCUAUUUUCUAGUACUACUAUUUAUGGGGUAUUUCCAGGUUUAAAUAUUCUUUUGAAAUCCUUCUUGCCAAAGUAAAAGCCUUUCUCUUUGCAGCUAGGCAGGUGUCUGGCUGCUCGUGUUGCUGGUCUCCCUGUCUGUAAGGCCACAACAGGCCGAGCCUAUUCCAGUGCUGUUUGUAGUUACUAAAGAGUCAAACACGUCGGCACCAUAGGACGUUACUGAAAUAUUUAUCUGAGGAAAGACUUAAGAAUUAGAGAACUGAUCUUUUCUUAACUCUAUACAUAUAAAUAUAUAUAGAAACACUUGUAAGAUAUUCAUAUUUUAUAUUUGAACCAGUAUGUUAUCAAGACUGAAUGUAGUGUUUAUCAUAAAUUAAAAAAAAAAACUCCCCUAAAUCUUCCUUUUUUAUUAUUGCAAAAAGAGCAUUUUUUGUUUAGAAAUUUUCAAGACCAAAAAGUAAGAUGAGACCACGCCUCCGAGUGGCGUGGAUUGCGGACACCUGUGAGGUUCUUUUUUAUUUUAUAAAAGGGGGUUUUCUCCUUACUCUGAAAUAUCUGAUCUUAACCUUUUUUUUCAUAGGGCUUUUUUUUGUGUGUGUGUUUUUGGGUUGACUCGUCGUGGACUUGAUUUGUCGUGCUGUCUUUAACAAUCAGUUAUUUUUUUAUAUUACUUUAUGCCUUUAAUUGUUUUGUAUAGUGUGAGAGGGCAAGAUCACUGGCUUUCUUAGUUUGACGAAGAAGAUUAACAUUAUCAUUUAUGCCUUAUUGUUACGUAGAAGACAUGAGCAUUGUAGCAUUUUUGUGUGUGAGUGUGUGAGAGAGAGGGCUUGAGCGUUGAGCUCACCUGGUACAUUGUCACUGAAAAAAUACAGUGUACUCUGGGCAUUUAAGAGCGUGAUUAUGUUGCUACCUAUGUUUUUUAGGUGUGACUCAGACAGGUGGAUACCUGUAAGAAAAGCUUUACUAAUAAUUCCAGCAGGUGUGUGUGUGUAUGAGUGUGAGAGCGUCUUAAAAGAGAGACUCGGAAGGGCAGUCUGCAAACCAUUAUGGUGCAUUUUUUCAUCUUCCAACUGAUGUUAAAGCGAUUUAAAAUUAGGACAUAGGCAUACUUAUUUUUGUUACUGGGGUCUCUACUGUACAGUGGUCUGGAAGUGCAAUACAAGAUUUCGAGUCUGAACACUUUUCCAGAGCAUGAAACAAUAUACAUUAGCAAAACACUUUCACAAAUUUACAUUCUACACAAAAGAUUUGUAACAUGUCUGAUACAAAAUUGCACAAUUCGUAGCACUCUUUCAAAAUUUAAAACAAUUUUACAGAAAGUCUUAUACAAAAUUACAAAGUCAGAAACACUUUUACAAAACUUAAAACAAAUUUACAAAGUCUGAUAUGAGAUUACAAAGUCUGAUACAUUUUAACAUAACAUGAAACAAUAAACAUUAACAAAACACUUUCACAAAUUUACUUUUUACACAAAAAAAUGCGAAAAGUCUGAUACAAAAUUACAAAAUUUAAAACACAUUUACAAAAUUUGACACAAAUUUACAAAAGUCUUAUUCAAAAUUAAAGUCUGAAACACAAAACUUGAAACAAAUUUACAGAGUCUUAUACAAAAUUAGAAAGUCUGAAACACUUUUACAAAGCUUGAAACAAAUUUACAGUCUUUUACAAAAGUUAUAAAAGUGCUCUAAAACGUCAAUUUUUCUCAGCAAAUGUACAAGUGUUUCGUGUUCUGUGACUAUGCUUUAUAAAAUAUACAUGUAGAAUUUGCAAUGUGUAAUUUUUUUUACUAAAACUUUUUAUGGAGGUUUUUUUUUAAUUCAAACUUAAACUUUUGUUGGAAGUGUUUCAGACUGUAAUUUUGUAUCAGACCUUUGGAAAUAUUGAACAUGUAAUUUUUUUUUUUUUUUUUUUUUGCUUUUUAAAAGUGUGUCAGACUUCGUAAUUUUGUACUGCACCUCCAGGCCACCAUACUACAGAUGUACUAAAGCCUUGAAACAGGCCAGUGUAUAUAAAAUUAAGGUAAAAGUGCAGUUUUUAGUCAUGUUUUGACUGUUUUAUCAUCUCUAAUUAUCUUAUGAACAAUAAACUGAUGAUCUGUUUUAGCACUGGCUUUGCUUUAACACUUUAGUAUUAUCACAUGACCCUGAGGUUUUGAUAUCUUGUGGAGCAGUAAUGCGUAAAGUCGUAGUAAGUCGACCUACCACACUGGUUUGCCGUUUUGUAUCGAUGACAAAGGAAGCGUGGAGCACCAGUAAAGGCAAAAUGGAGCUGUUGUAUACCUCAUUUCUAACUCAAAACUGAGUGAAACCUGCUUUAAUCUACUUAUGAAAUAAAAACAUUUCUAAAAAAAUCACAAAAAAAGGGUGAAAAUACACAAACUUGUGUUGUGGGAGAAGCCUGUUCAUGCCUGUGCAUUGUGAAGGGUUGUGCAGAAAGCCACCAAAAGGGGGAGACAUAAUACCAGUGCUUAUGAAUGUCUGCUGUUUUUCUUUAACAAGUGGGGUUUUUAUGCUGCACACUGUUGUAUUCCAGCAUUUAAUGGAAAUGAUUUGCUGUAACUUUAUUUUUUUAAUAUGUUAUAUGGAUUCACUGUCAGUUAAAAGUUACUAUUUUUUAUUUUUCAUAAAUAGAGCACCCCUCUUUGUUUGAUCACUUCUUUAAGUUUGACAAUCCUGUUUUAUUGUUCUUCACUCUGAUCAGGUGCUGGUAUGAAAAUGUCUCCCCCUGUUGUUGCUGCGCUUCAACAACCCGCUUUCCUGUGGUACCAACGUUAACCAAAGACUUCUAACUUGAUUGUAUACGAACGACACCAUCUCCCCCUCGGCCAUCCCCGCCUCACUGCUCAGCAUCAAAUCCCAGCCUCGCACGCUCUCACCCUCAACUCGUCUCUUAUAGCUUUUUAUUGCAUGCGAAUGUGUAUCCCCGGAAAAAAAAUAACACGCUCCGGCGUCCUGUCGGUGCUGCAGUUUCAGUGCCUGUGGGCGGGGACCUGAGAAGAGAGGGGAGAGGUUUGAAAACGAGGCUGAGUGGGCUUCUCUGACACACAUGAACCGAUCUGGUGGUAGCUGGGUGAUGUUUGUUAAUACACACUGAGGGUUAAUCCUGUGCACAUUGUACCUGCUCAGGAGUCUAUGUUUGUCCGUCUUGAGCGCUGUUGCUAGGAUGUCCCUCCCUUUCCUCCACUCUUUCCUCUUAUUCUCUCAAAGACUGGUGAAAAUGCCGUUCCUGCCUCUCACAAUAUUUCUGUCUCCUCUUCAUCUCUACUGUAACAUCCUAACCUUGUUGUCUCCAGGAAUACACAUCUGCAGUUGAUAAAACUCACUGCUGUGUCCCCCCUCUUCCUCUCCUCUUCUUUCCUCCAUUGUCUCUUCACUACAGACUCUGAUCAGCUGUGACACUAUGCAUCAUGGUCCGUCUCUCUGCAUGGACUGUGUCCCUCCGGCUCAGACCCUCUGGCCGACGGGCUUCAGUGACACUUUGUUUAAAUGCUUUACUCCAGGUGAGGUUGUAGGACCUCACAAGCGCUAACCCAAAGCAAAAAUCCAAAUAUUUAACUUUUGACAAAUGCAGAUACCAAAGAUAUCUCUCUGUCUCUCUGCUCCUCUCUUCCUCUCACCCUGCAGCAUGUGUAUUAAGAGACAAACCCAGCACUGGCUUUAGUCCUAGCCUCAGUAAUUCCAAAGCUUAGAUGUAUAUUUUGGUAUAUUUCUGAGAAAAACUUGCGUGAAAAAGCGUCUGUUUCUCGUUUGUUUGUUGUAAUCUCUUUUUUCUGUCACAGCAUGGAACUAAUUGCAGAACUGUCUUACUCUUGGUAGGUUAAAGAUAUAGUAUUUUUGUAUGUUUUUGGGUGUGUUAUGUGUGUGAUUAUCAGUUCACAGCCCAAGUGACCAUGGCUUUCAACAAGAGAAAUAAGCAAAAAAAUAAAUAAAAAAGAAAACCAUGUACAUAUAACGUCUGUGUAUCUCAAGAAAUGCAUUCUGUAAACAUUUACUACUCAUGUUGUGGAAACUUGGGCUCAUCUAAAGGAAUGUGUCCUUGUUUUUUAUUUCCCUUUUUUCUUAUUCUGCAGUCUGAUAUAAAAAUGUCUUUCCAGGACUUAAAUGUAAAGAGUUCUGUUUUUCCAUCUUGGACAACAACACUGAGGGACACUGAUCUAACUACAAAAAAAAACAAAAACAAAAAAAAAAAAUCGCCACCAGUCAUGGCGGCAUAGAACUGAAAGAUUGUGUAGGAGUUUUUAAGUAUGUGAAUCAGGAUACAUAGUAGAUUUUGAUGCAUUUGUCUGCUGUAUUUUUGUUUGUUUGUUUUUAUACACAUAUAAAGAUAAUCUCUUACUGUUAAUGUACAGUUUUCUUUUGUUGUAAACAUCAUUAAACCA